AUGAAUUCAGUUUGGUUUGAAGUUCAACGCUGCUAUGCAUUAAUAAUAGACAAAAAUAUAACCAUAUAGUCUAGCUUUACAUUGAUAAGAAGUUUAAUUUCCAGUAGCAGCACUGAUGAAAAACAAAACCUUUCCCUGUUUAUUUUGGCAAAUAAAAGUAAGAUAAUACUGAGAGACAUAGUUGGCUGCUUACAAGCAGAGGAUGUCUCAUACAUUCCAAUAAGGUCCCAGCAUUUUACUUUCUUGACAGUGUUGUACAACAUAUUAAAGUGGGGCAGAUUCUUUAAAGAGCAAAAUCCAUUUUCAUAUGAAAUAAAUAAGAGGCUGCUGGAACUCGAACAACUCAAAGAACUGAUAAAUAUAAGUGAAAAUGGCAGAACGUGAUUUAUUUGAAUCGGGUGAGCACUCCCUGCCAGAGAUCCUCAACCCCUCUACUUCAUUUACCAAUUAGGUAUAUUCGUGAUAGGUCGAAUCCGCUAUAGCAUUAUAGGGACCAAGAAUUUCAAAGACGCUUUCGAUUCACAAAGGAUUGCGUGGUUCACGUUCUCUAUCCUAUGGUCUACUUACAUUGCUCAAAGAUACAUCCCAUCCUGAGAAGCCGAGAUUACAAGAUACUGUUGCAGGACAGAAUAAUUCUAGUGUAAGGCACGUUAUUAGAGGAAAAAGAAGAGUCGAUAUAUUCAAAUUUUUUGUCCACACAGUGUUUUGUUUGUAGAGAUUCUAAUUUUGAAAGUAGCAUACAAUAUUGUUAACAU